AUGUCACUAAACACUCUCCUCUCAUCCGCCUACUCCCCAACCACCGCCUCAGAAGUCCACUCUUCUAUAGCUUACAAACCCCUACGCCUCCACCCAACCACCAUUCCCCCCCCUCCUCCCGCACCACCAUCAAAGCCCCUAACAGCAGCCCAGAAGCGUGCUCAAAAAAUUCAUCAAAUCCCCAAAUCCGUCCCGCCCUCCACGCUCCACGCUCUCCACGCCCUCUGGAGCAACUAUGCCGCCGAUCUCCUCCGUCCCACCUCCUCCUUAGCGGUGGCGGCGCAGCUCAUGGCUAGCGCGGAAUUCGUCGGCGCGAGGAUGGAGGUUGUCCGGAGCGCGUGCCCUAGCCUUGUGGGUAUUGUGGGGGUUUGCGUGGUGGAGAGGAGGGGGGUCGUGUACAUUGCUUGCGAAGAGACGGGGCGGGUUAGGGGGGUUGGGAAGGGGGUGUGCGUCUUGCGCGUCGAGGUCGGGGGAGGGAAGGAGGGGGAGGGGAGGAAGGUGUUUGAGGUGCAUGGGAGGAGGUUUUUGGUGAGGGCUGGGGAGAGGGGGGGGAAGAAGUUUAAGGGGAGGGGAAUGUUGGAGCUAUAG